ACGACGUAUAUCACAACUAUAAUUACAUGAAAACGACGACGUCGUACAUCCUCACCAAAAUCUCCAAUCCCAGAAACCGACAAUGAAAACCCUAAUCUUCUGCAUCUCGUUUCCAACCAAUCACUUCGGCGACUUCUCCACACUAUAUCUCCGGCGAUUUCUUUGUCGUCGGUCUUUUCUAUAGGUCCGAUUUUCAAUUAAAUUCUUCUGCUUACAAUUAUUCGAAAAUGGAUCUUGUGGAACCGCUGACGAGUUAUCCGGGUCCAAUGGACCCGAUAGUCCUGUACGACCAAGAGCAACACGUUUCAUCGGCGAUUUGGGAGGGCCAAGACCGUGGCACGCUGAGAUGUCACGAACACACAUCGAAAAUCGACGGCUGGAAGCUCACAAAGAAGCAAAUCGAGUUGGUGACCAAAGCAGGAUUCGGACAUUUCAGAUUGAUCGGGCAAAUUAGUUUGAACAAUCCGCUGAUUUCUGCUUUGGUUGAACGGUGGAGAAGAGAAACCAACACCUUUCAUUUACCGCACGGUGAGAUAACGAUCACUCUCGAUGAGGUGGCGCGAAUUAUCGGACUACGCGUUGACGGAGAAGCCGUAGUGAGAGAUAACAGUAUGUCAGGUUCUCAUAUGGAAAUUUGUGGAGAUUUAUUGGGGAAAGUUCCGAAUUCGGAUGCUAAGGAGAUAAAGGGUGGAAUGGUGAAACUGAGUUGGUUGAAAGAUAAUUUUUCUGAUUGUCCGAAAGAUGCUAGUAAUGAAGAAGUUGAGCAACGGACUCGCGCAUUUCUGCUGUAUUUGGUGGGAAGCACGAUAUUUGCUACAACGUCGGGGAAUCUUGUCCCACUUCUGUACCUUCCAUUGUUCAAGGACUUUGAAAAUGCUGGGAAGUAUGCAUGGGGUGCGGCAGCUCUAGCAUUCUUGUAUAGACAGCUUGGUAAAGCUUCUACGAAAUCUCAAGGUACCAUCAGUGGCUCCUUGACGCUGUUACAGUGUUGGAGUUAUUUUCACCUGAACAUUGGCCGACCAGAGCUUAAGCAAGAUUUGUCCCAUCAAUUUCCACUUGCUCUUCGUUGGAAAGGAAAACUGAAUAAUCAAGCUAAAUCCGAUGUAGUUAUGUACAGACAGAAAUUGGAUGCACUGGAGCCAACUGAUAUUAAUUGGACUCCUUACGCGAAUUUGGAUGGCAGUAUACCAGAGGAGAUUAGAGGAGAUCUUAUUCUGGGAAAAUCUAGAACAAUCAUAAUUUGUAUGGAUAAAGCUGAAUGGCAUUUGCCUGAUCGUUGUUUGAGGCAGUUUGGGUUGCGUCAAUCAAUUCCACUAGAUGUGCAGCGACGUGAGAGUAAGAGUAAUGAACUUGAUACAGAGAUAGAGUCAUCCAAAAAAAUGGAUUUAGAGUUGCAAGAGUGGUCAACUCGCCACCAAAAUAUUGUGCGCGGUGUGGUAGGUGGGGAGGAUGUGGAUGAAACUGAAUACAUUUGGUGGUACUCAAAAAUUACCAGGAAAAAGCUUCAUAGGCAAGCAUUUGUUCCGUCUCAGUUUCAAGAAUCGGUUGCCGAAAUGAUAAAAAUACAAGAAAUAGCAUAUGCAGCAUCAACAGAAGACUUGAGUUUGAAAAACAAGGUAGCAUUGGAGAAGAUUAAAGCAGUAGUAGAUAGAUUUCUGGCGAAUCGAAUCGAAGGUUUCAAGGCGCUCGAGAAGCGGAAGAGAUCCAGUGAAGAUGAUUUGAUCGAUGAGGAUGUCUAGAGUUGUCAGAGUGCCGUUUCUGUACUAGUUUACCAGCUUUGCUAACUGGCAAUGUAUAUUUUAUCUAUUAAUUUAGCCAAAUUAUUUGAAUCAAUUGUAUUCUUUGUGCAAUCUAACAUCUUCAGAAAAACUUUCUAUUAUUGCGAUGAUAUAGUGUAUUUGAACCAUUGAAUAAACGAU